AUGGCAUUAUUGGUGCUGAACAGUGGUAUCAAGUGCGUCGUCAGUAAGCUUUAUGCGGCUCAAGGGUUGCUUAGGAACGUCGCCUGCUCACAACAGACGCUUCGGAGCGCUGGCAAGUGGUUCCCGGACGAGGAGUUCAUAGAGCAAUUCAAAGGACCGGUCAUGUACCCGGACGCGGUGACAUCGCGCUGGAAAAUACCGCCGUGGAACAGCAAGAUCGCACCGGUAGAAAAGACUGUCCGCAACAUGGCCUUAAACUUUGGUCCCCAGCAUCCGGCAGCGCACGGUGUUCUACGGCUAGUGCUCGAGCUGGACGGUGAAACGGUGAUGCGUGCCGAUCCACACAUUGGUCUCUUGCACCGCGGCACCGAGAAGCUGAUCGAGUACAAAACCUACACCCAAGCACUACCGUACUUCGAUCGGCUGGAUUACGUUUCGAUGAUGUGCAACGAGCAGUGCUAUUCGCUUGCUGUCGAAAAGCUUCUUAACGUUGAUGUUCCGUUGCGCGCGAAGUACAUUCGCGUGCUAUUUGCUGAAGUUACGCGUAUUCUUAACCACAUCAUGGCAGUCGGGACACACGCGCUGGAUAUCGGAGCGCUGACACCGUUCUUUUGGCUGUUUGAGGAACGAGAGAAAAUGAUGGAAUUCUACGAGAGGGUCUCGGGCGCCCGUAUGCACGCUGCCUACAUUCGUCCGGGUGGUGUUGCCCAGGAUAUAACGCUCGGGUUGCUCGAUGACAUUCACGAAUUUGCUUCUAAAUUUGGUGAGCGACUGGACGAAGUGGAAGACGUGCUGACCACGAACCGCAUCUGGGUGCAGCGUACCGUCGGCAUCGGUAUUGUAUCUGCCGAGGAUGCGCUCAACUAUGGUUUCAGCGGUGUCAUGCUGCGCGGUUCUGGCAUAAAGUGGGAUCUACGUAAAGCGCAACCCUACGAUGCCUACGAUCGAGUCUCGUUCGAUGUACCGAUCGGUACCAAGGGUGAUUGCUACGAUCGGUACCUGUGCCGAGUGGAGGAGAUGCGCCAGUCGCUCCGGAUCAUCGAACAGUGUCUCAACCAGAUGCCGGCUGGUGAAGUUAAAACGGACGACGUGAAGCUGACGACACCGUCGCGACACGAGAUGAAACGUUCAAUGGAGGCACUUAUCCACCACUUCAAGCUAUACACGCAGGGUUACCAGGUCCCUCCGGGUACGACCUAUACCGCGGUCGAAGCACCCAAGGGCGAGUUCGGGAUUUAUCUGGUGGCGGAUGGUUCCAGCAUGCCGUACCGCUGCAAAAUCAAAGCGCCCGGAUUCGCACAUCUCGCUGCACUAGACAAACUCGGGCGCCAUCACAUGCUGGCUGACUUGGUGGCUAUUAUUGGUACGCUGGACGUCGUGUUCGGCGAGAUCGACCGCUAG